AGAGGAGUGCGAGCUCCUGCCCUUCCUCGACUCUGCUUCUACUCUCUCUAAGUCAACAUGAGCCGAAACUUUAGUUCCAGGUCUGGCCGCCGGAUUGGAGGGGGCUUCAGCUCUGGCUCUGCUGGGGUGGUCAGCUUCCAGCGCAGGACCACUAGCAGCUCUGUGUGCCGUGGUGGGGGAGGUGGCGGGGGAUUUUCAGGGGGAAGAUAUGGUGCUGGCUGUGCUGGCGGUGGUUUUGGAAGUCGGAGUCUUGUUAACCUCGGUGGCAAUAAGAGCAUCUCCAUAAGUGUGGCUAGAGGAGGUGGACGUAGUGGUUUUGGUGGUGGUUAUGGCGGUGGUGGCUUUGGGGUUGGUGGCUAUGGCGGUGGUGGCUUUGGGGGUGGUGGCUUUGGCAGUGGUGGCUUUGGGGGUGGUGGCUUUGGCAGUGGUGGCUUUGGGGGUGGUUUUGGCAGUGGCGGUUUUGGGGGUGGCUUUGGCAGUGGAGGUGGUUUUGGUGGAGGUGGUUUUCGGGGUGGUUUUGGGCCUGUCUGCCCCCCUGGUGGCAUACAGGAAGUCACCAUCAAUCAGAGCCUUCUGCAACCACUCAAUGUGGAGAUUGAUCCUGAGAUCCAAAGAGUAAAGUCUCAAGAAAGGGAGCAAAUUAAGACCCUCAACAACCAAUUUGCCUCCUUUAUUGACAAGGUGCGGUUCCUGGAGCAGCAGAACCAGGUGCUGCAGACAAAAUGGGAGCUGCUGCAGCAGGUGGACACCCCUACGAGAACCCAGAGCCUAGAACCCAUUUUUGAGGCGUAUAUCAGCAGUCUUAGACGGCAAGUGGACCAGCUGAAGAGCGACCAAUCUCGGAUGGAUUCAGAACUGAAGAACAUGCAAGACGUGGUGGAAGAUUACCGGAACAAGUACGAGGAAGAGAUCAACAAGCGGACAAAUGCAGAGAAUGAAUUUGUGACCAUCAAGAAGGACGUGGAUGCUGCUUAUAUAACCAAGGUGGACCUGCAGGCCAAAGUUGACAACUUGCGUCAGGAAAUUGAGUUCCUCAGAAUACUCUACCAAGAGGAGCUGUCUCAGUUGCAGACACACAUCAGUGACACUAAUGUCAUCCUGUCCAUGGACAACAACCGGCACCUGGACCUGGACAGCAUUAUCGCUGAGGUCCGUGCCCAGUAUGAGGACAUCGCCCAGAAGAGCAAGGCGGAGGCUGAGGCGCUGUACCAGAGCAAGUAUGAAGAGCUCCAGAUCACUGCUGGCAGCCAUGGGGACAGUUUGAAAAGUACAAAGAUGGAGAUUUCUGAGCUGAAUCGGGUGAUCCAGAGACUUAGAUCUGAAAUUGACAGCGUCAAGAAGCAGAUCGCUGCGCUGCAGCAGUCCAUCACUGAAGCUGAGCAGCGUGGGGAGAACGCCCUCAAAGACGCCCAGAACAAGCUGAACGAGCUGGAGGAUGCCCUGCAGAGGGCCAAGGAGGACCUGGCCCGGCUGCUGCGUGACUACCAGGAGCUGAUGAGCACCAAGCUGGCCCUGGAUGUGGAGAUUGCCACCUACAGGACCCUCUUGGAAGGAGAGGAGAGCAGGAUGUCUGGAGAGUGCGCCCCGAACGUGAGCGUGUCUGUGAGCACCAGCCACACGAGCAUCAGUGGAGGAGGAGUCCGAGGAGGCGGCGGUUUCAGCUCUGGCGGCGGAGGGAGCUACAGCUCUGGAGGAGGCAGUUACAGCUCUGGAGGCGGCGGUGGUGGCUUCGGCUCCGGAGGCAGCAGUAGGGGCCACAGAGGCGGCUCUGGAGGUGGAGGCGGCAGCUCUGGCGGCUGGGGUUCUGGUGGCGGCGGCUCUGGAGGCAGCUUCAGCUCGUCCGGAGGCCGGGGAGUCAGCUCUGGGGGCAGCAAGUCCUCUGGUGGCAGUUCCAGCGUGAAAUUUGUUUCCAGCAGCUACUCCCGAGGGAGCAGAUAA